UACGAUCUAACCUGCAAAUGCGUUUGUAGGGGUGGUGGGCAUUCAGUUUCGGCCUUGCAAAAUGCUAGUGCGACUUGACUUGUUGACGAUGAUGGUGUUGUCGUUGGAAUGAGAGCGUCGGAAGAUACAGAGAGUUUUCUACUUUUUUUUGUUUGUUUUCAACAUUUGAAUCAUGGAUAAACCCUUCAUAUUCUUGUGCAAGUUGGCGUGGGACGCCCGGUUUCGCAUCCCUCUGAUCAUCACGGUCGCCUUCAUGGCCUUCGACAUCCGAAUGCAUCUCGACAUCAACGUGCAGAUGCGUCGCAUCCCACGGAGACGUCUGCAUCCGGGCAUCAUGGACGACGGCGCGAGCAGCGAGGACGACGAAGACGAAGACUCCUGGGUGACCAUGGAUGGGGAUGAUGAUUCCGUCGAAGAGUUAGAGGUCUGACCGAUUGAGUGAAAGAAAAAAGCAUCCCACGGGUGGGAAUCUCCUUUCAACACUUACUCUCGAACUACACAAAUUACAUAUAAGUUACAUUGUGAUUUAACUUUCUAAUCUCGUAAAUAUAUUUUUUUUUUUAAAGAAACUGUCGUUGUCUUUGCUUCGUUUUAUGUAAUUUUAUUAUUAUUACUUAACAAUAAUACAUUGAAGGUAUGCACACGUGAAAAUUACAAA